UAUAGAGUUUUAGAUUUUAUUCAGCUCUGCAGUCUCGCUUUAGCCUUCUCGCUUUCCAAUGCCUCGAUCAUAUCUGAAUCUCUCGAAAAGAUCGUCAUCUGGCUGGACGAUCGAUAAUUUUUUUCACAGCGACUCGCAUCUUCGAUCAGCGACCCAUAUGACAAUUUUUUUCCUUCAAUGAUUUUGAUAUUGAAAUUUGUUUAUCCAAAGAGAUUGGUAAGUACGUACUACGUGCCCUCCUCCUUAUUGUCUAUACGUCUCUAGUUUAUUUCACCUUAUUUGCGUUUGAAAAACUUUACGGCCAUUGUCUUUUCAGGAUUUUUUUCAUGAUCUCUUGAUGGCGAUACGCAGGUUGUCUCCCCAUGCGUUGAACCUCAAAGCGAAGGCGAGCAGUGAAGUCUCCAGGCCGCUGUAGUUGUUAGGACCACGAGGCCGCCAACAUGGCGACCGCGGCGGCGCAGCCGCAGCCCCUAGCGGCAGACGCAAUUCUGCCUAGCACUUUCCGGAGCCGCGUCGCGAGGUUUCUGCCGCUAGAAGAUGGGCACGCACACUUUGUGUUCACCGGGAAGAACGACGACGAGUCGGAGGAGCACAAGACGGUCGCGCUCUUUCACUACCUGUUUGGCUACGCUAUGUACGACACGUGUUUGAUUUUGACACGACAAUCCGUAUGUCUAAUCUCCACCGAAAAGAAGGUCGGGAUCCUCGUGCCCGCCAUGCAGGCGGCGGGGGUGAGCGGUUUCUCUCUUGGCAACCCGAGCCAGCAGCUCCCCAUGGAGGUCACAGGCUUCUUUCGAAACGACGAGAAGUUGGAAGAUAAGUUGAAGGAGUUUUUUGAAAAACGACAGGUACUAUAUUUACCUUUUUUUCAUCCUGCAAUCGAAUUAUGCGCUCUAUUGUCGAUUUGAAUUGGAUAUGUGCUUAGUGUUCGCUGCUUUCAACAUGCCCCGAAUUUUUAUCUGCUGCUUUUAUUGAAUAAGUACUUGUUUCGAAUUAUGAUUAUCACUUCGUGAAGAUCAACAACAUCAAUCGCGACAAAUCAGGUGACGCAGAUGUGGUGCUUGAAGAAAGAGACCCAUGUCGGCGAGUUUGGCGUACGAAUCGAGAAGAUCCUUGCCGGGUGUGGUGAGGUUUUCGAUCUGCGGCCGCUGGUGUCGGACGCGCUGGCGUGCAAAGGCCUCGAGGAGCUGCAGAACGUGGUUUCCGCCGCCAAGGUGUCCGUGGCGGUGAUGCAGCGCUGCAUGAUCGAUCGCGUGCUGCACAACGCCGACAAGGAGGCGGAUCUGAAGAACCGGAAUGUCGCGGAAGCGGUGGAGGAGGAGUUCGAAAAGCGGACGAUGCUGAAGAAGUGGGAGCAGGACCACAACAUCGAGAUGAAAAAGCUGGACCUGUUGUACGCCACGUGUCAGAGCGGCAAGGACUUCGACCCACGCCCCACGUCGGACCCGGGCUACAGAAAAAAAUUGGCGACGCAGGGAACUUUCCUGCUCAGUUUGGGCGUGAAGUACUGCGAGUACGGGGCGAGUCUGACACGUACUUUGCUAAUCAAUGCCACGAAGGAGCAGAAGCAGGCCUAUGUGGAGGUGCAGAAGGCGUACCGCGCCAUGCUGCUCGCGCUCCGUCGGAAGGACCUCCCCUUCGCGGAGCUCUACCAGAUCGGCAAGGAGGCGCUGCCGGAAGCGCUGCAAGACCGGUUUCUGCACAACGUCGGGUUCGGGAUGGGGCUCGAGUUUCGCGACGGGCAGCUGGCGAUCACGCCCAAAAGCAAGAAAACGGUGAAGCCGGGCAUGGUGUUGUGUCUGUCCGUCGGACUCACCACCACCGAAGCGGAGCCGUGGGCCAUCUGGACCACCGAUACCGUCGUGAUUUUGCCGAAUCAGGAAGUGGGGAAGCAGGAUGAGUGGAAGGUCACGGAACUGACGGCGUGGGCCAAAAAGCAGUUAAGCGACAUCGACUACGAAUUGGACAACGCGUUGCCGGGUGAAACGUCGAAGAAUAACGCGGCUCAUCUUCCCCUCACGGGCAAGGGUCCCGCGUCGUCUUCCUCGUCCGCGGGUGUUGUACACACACCAGCAGGUUUUACCGCCGCCGCGAGCGCAGCGGUGAUUUCCGGGGGCACGGCGAAGGGUGCUGGCAAGGGCCUGCAUCCCUCCUUGGGUGCGGCGGGCAUGCCGCCAGGUGCAGCAGCGAAGGGCGCAGCAGCUGGAGCUUGGCCAGGAGUACAGGGCGGGAACAUGCAGCAGCUUAUUCUCCAACAGGAAGCUGCGGCACGACAAGCCGCGCAGACGAAUUUGCAGCAGGCGCGGGCCGGCAGGAGCCAGCGCGCCUGCGCGCAGCAACUGCAGCUCGCGAUGUCGCACAAUCAGGAACAGGUCGAGAUACAGAAGAGACUAAGGCAUGAAAAAUGCGUGGAGCUCAAGGAGAAGUUCGCACGCGGGUACGUCGGAAUCGGCUCCGACGGACAGCCGCAAAAGAAGCGGUUCGAUUUGGAGCUCUACAAGGGGGCGGGCAACCUUCCGGAUAUCUCGUACGACGGGCUCGGAGCUGCCAAUGCCAAGAAGGUGCUGGAACCGAAGCUGAUUCUGGACACGGACAAGAAUGCUCUGCUGGUCCCGAUAAACGGAAUAACGGUGCCCUUCGCCAUCAAGGUUGUGAAAUCGAUUUCGGUGUCCACCGAUCACCUGUCCCGGUCCGUACUGCGGAUGGUGUUCUUCACUCCGGGCGGCGGUGGUGCCUCCCUGGACGAUUUCCCCCCCAUGCCCCGAGACUGGAUCAAUGCGCGCAGAAGAAAGGAUCGCGAGGCGCUUCCGCCGGAAAGGCGUGCGGCCUACGACGCGAAGCCCAAUAAGCCGCUCCCACAGCGCAUGUACAUCAAGGAGCUGGUGUUCAAGUCCCUGGACGGGAGGAACUUCGAGACGCUGGCCACCCGUUUCAAGGAUGCGCAGAAGACCCUGCGUGCGCGCGAGCAGGAGCAGGCAGCCCGGGUCGGGCUCGUCGCGCAGGAGCCGCUGAAGCCAAUGUACCAGCGGCAACCGCCCUGCCUCCGCGAUAUCCACGUCAGGCCAAAAUUGACCACCGGGAAGGCCACCGGCCGGCUCGAGGGCCACGUGAACGGUUUGCGUUUCAUCGCGCCGCGCAGCGAAUACGUGGACAUUUUGUACACGAACAUCGCGCACGCGAUUUUCGAGCCUUGCGUCGACUCCGUGAACACGGUGAUGCACUUCCAGCUGAAGAACGAGAUUGUGAUCAACAAGAAGCGGACUUUUAUGGUGCAGUUCUACUGCGAAGUGCUGAACGUGACCGAGGACUUGACGGGCCGACGGCCGCUGUCAAACCUGGACGAGAGGCAAGAAGAGGAGAACGAGCGCCGCAUGGUGAACAAAAUCAAUGCGACGUUCCGCGGUUUCAUCGAGCACAUCCACAACUUGCUGCGGGAACAGAAAAUUGACCUGGUUUUCCAGUACCCGUACCAAAACUUGGACUUCCGCGGUGUGCAUUUCAGGUACUCAUUUGGCAAAUCUAUAAAAUCGAAUUUUGCACGGGAACACGAAAGAAAUAGAAAAGCUUGAGUUUUGAUGAUAUUCUUGUGAGCCGUAAGGUACUACGUGUAGUUGGUCGUACGCUUAGAAGUACCGACGUGGCUGAAGAUUUGAUCAAUUGCGACACGGACGACUUUUCAACAGGGGUCACACCGUGCUGCAUCCGACGGCGCACUGCAUCAUCUCGCUGCAGGAGUGGCCGGCGUUUUGCGUGCCAUUUCGCGAUAUCGAAAUUGCGGUGUUUGAGCGGUUCACUAUGGAGCUGAAGGAGUUUGACCUGAUUUUGGUCCUCAAAGACUACAAAAAAGAACCCUUGCGGAUCACGGCCAUUCCCAACCGCGAGUUCGGAGAGCGGUUGAAAAUGAUUCUCUCCUGCCAGCGGAUCGUUUGGUACACCACCGAAUACUCACAAAAGUGGAAGGACCUCAUGGCGAAUAUCGUGAAGGACAUCGGAACAGGGACAUUCCAGGACGAGAACUUCUGGGAGGGCUAUUUCGGCCACGACCAGCGCGACGAGGUAAUCGGAAUCUACUUCGAUUUUUGAUGCGACUGGCAGUAUUCGCUCCCCAUCUUCCCCUCUACUAGCUGCCCACUAGGAUGUUGAUUUUUUCGAUGGGAUCGAUAUGAGUCACUCUCACUCCAGGCAGUCUCAGUCGGAUAAAAGUAAUCAAGAUGUUGAAAACAACUACACAGGUAAACGCGCAGCAGGGAGGAUCGGACUCUGAGGCGGAGAACUCGUCAAAGGCAAGUUGGAAGCCAGACUCGGACGAUUCAGACAUCGAAGAAGACGACGAAUUCAACCCCGACACGGAAAGCGACGAAGGCAGCGAGAGCGAGUAUUUUUGGGAUAUGAAAAUCUGUGUUGCCGACGUAGUCGUUUUCAUUAUACAAGUUGUGUAUCUCUGCUAAUAAUUUCAGUGUCCGACGACCAAACAGGCUGCGAGCGCCACUUCCAUAGAUAGUUGCUCAUCUUCAUUCCUCCAAGUGAGCCCUUUGCAGCAAUAGCGUUUUCAUCAUCUUCAAUGCGUUGUAAGUAACAACUUUCACAAUCACAGCUUCGGGGGAGGCGGCUCAGACGAGACUAGUGACAGUUCCGUGGUGGAUCUGGAUGAUGUGCCCGAUAGCGAUGAAGGCAGCCCACGCGCGAACCGGCGUUUGAACGGGGGCAAGAAGAACAAAGCAAACGCAAGUCGCAGUACCAAAACAGGUCAGAUUGGCCAGAAGGGUGCGGGCAAGGCGCCACGCCCGCCCAAGCAAACCGGUUUUGCGAAUCCAAAGCUGAUUGCAAGACCCCGGGGACCCGAGGGUGCUGCCAGCGUGCGACCGCCAGGUGGACAUUCGGCGCAGCGGAAGCAACACGAGGGCCGCGCCUUCAAGUAGGCUAUGCGCGUUGGGCAACCAAGUCGUGGAACUACUAACAACAGGUUGGCUGGUUUUUGUUCCAUCAUCCACGUUGCGCGAUGCUGUGUCGCCUGCAAGCACAAACAUCCGGUUUUCCUUUUCUGAUGCGCAUCGGUCUUCUUCUUCACGAGAACUCUUUCAAAACUGAGCAAUACAAACGACACCAUCUUCAACCAGUUCCUUGCAGAAGCGA